GCCGGAUGGGCAUCUAUAUUGUUACUUAUCGUGCGCAGAGGACCGCUUUUUCGCCCAACGAUGACUCUGUUUAGAUUCCAUCCUUAGAGGGUGCCAGAGCAGCGUGAUAACCUGGUGCGUCUGACACAGCCACCGCAUUUGCGGUAGUAUUGCAAGUUCUAGAAAGCACAAUCGCGGAGCGCAUGGCAAUUAGUGCACAGGUGUUGUUUUGUUUACACGCACUGCGCCCAACGGCAACAUGCCCUCAGCGGUUCUACCACCGACCCGUUAUUUACCCAUUAUAUCCCUUAUUCAAGCGCAAGUCAGCCAAGAGGAUGGAGUUGAUGAAUUACAAUGGAUGGCUACUUUUUCUUCCUCACCUUCUGGGCCCUCCAUUUGGAGUACACCUGACUACGGGCUUGUCCAGGGAUGAGGCGCCAUCGAUGACUUCCACAGCGCAGCGUCCCCUGAGAAGAGAUCUCAGGUGAUGUUGACCCCGAU